AUGUGCAAAAAGCUACAAAGUUGGAAAGAUAAAAUGCUGAGUUUUGUAGGUAAAGAGGUAUUACUCAAAUUUGUGGCCCUUGCUCUCCCUUCAUAUGCAAUGUCAGUUUUCAAACUAUCUGCUGAACUAUGUAAAGAGCUUUACGGGAUGAUGGCUAAAUUCUGGUGGGGAGGUGAUUCUAGAGAAAAGAAAAUGCAUUGGAAGAGCUGGGCUGAUAUUUCUGAUGUUAAAGGGAAAGGGAGACUUGGUUUCCAGGAUAUUCAAUGCUUUAACACCGCCUUACUAGCCAAACAAGUUUGGAGAAUGCUUACCAAUUCAAACUUGUUGGUUAGUAAGAUGGUAAAAGGAAGGUAUUUCCCCAAAUCCUCUAUUCUUGAUGCACAGGUGAAAAAUGGAGCUUCGUGGAUCUGGCAAAGUCUGCACAGCUCAAUUGGGAUGCUGGAAAGUGAAUUAAGGAAGCAGGUUGGAAAUGGCAACACUAUUGCAAUUUGGAAAUUUGGAAGGUUUGAUGGCUCAAAAACAGCAGCUCAGGUAAAAUCUCCACACCUAAGCCACACAAUUGUCCAUAUGACAAAGUCUCGGAUUUGA